UAGACUAGCACGUCAUUUCUGUGCUCGCUGCGAUUUAUCGAUAGAUCGCGCACCCUCGUGACGUCGAUUCAUCGCUCGUAAUUGUUGCAAAUAUCUUUUCGCCGAAAGGUUUCCGUAGUUCACUAGUUUGUUGGUGAAGUUCUUUGUAGGAAAAUGUUCCUGAGUAGAGUUGUGAGAUAUAGUGGUGUGUAUGAGUCACUUCAGCUUUGUAAAAGAGGUGUAUAUUUACAGGGAUCCUUUAGGCAGAAACUUUCUUCCGGAGAAAGUGCUCAAGAAAUAACAAAUGACGUAGUUACAGACCAGAAGCAUGCUUCAAAAGACAGGACGAGAGAAAUACCUGUUGAAACAAGCAUAAAGUACAUAGAAAGCAAAGCUUACAGUCAAACAUAUGGAGAUGAUCCAGUUUGGGUGCACUACAGACGAAACCAUAAAGGAAUGUAUGCUCCUAAAAAAACACGAAAAACAUGCAUUAGGCAAGGUGUAAUUUCAACUGGAAACCCUUGUCCAAUUUGCAGAGAUGAAUAUUUGGUGUUACAUCACAAAAAUAUUAAUCUGCUAAAGCAAUUCAUUUCACCACACAAUGGUGAAAUAUUAAGUUUCAUGAAAACUGGUUUGUGUCAAAAGCGUCACGCUGAACUCUUGGUUGCAGUUGAGAAAGCUAGAGACUAUGGGCUUUUAGUAUUUGAUGUACCUCUACGGACCUAUGAUUACUCUCGUUACUACAAGUCUUGAUGCAGUCUGAGCCCAUCUUUGAAGAUUUAUUUGCUCUGAAUUGUAAAAUUUAAGGUAAAACUGGAAGAUAUGGAGGAACCAACAUAUGUGAUAGUUGGAGGUGGAAUAGCAGGUGUUUCAUGUGCAGAAAGCUUGUCCUUUUACUCUCCUGGAGAAAAGUGCUUAUUAAUAACUGCAUCUCCUGUGAUUAAAGCAGCAACAAAUGUAACUGCACUCACCAAAACUUUAACAGAAUUUGAAGUUGAAGAAAGGGAUGUACACACACUCGUAGAAACAUGCCCUUCUCUCUCUGUGAUUGAAGACAUAGUUGUAGAUGUUGAUGCUGAAUCCCACAGAGUUCACACCAAGCAAGGACGCACUGUAGAAUACAAGAAGCUUUGCAUCUGUUCUGGGGGAUAUCCAAAACUAAUAGAUAAAAAUAAUCCUUAUGUGAUUGGUAUCAGGGACACAGAAUCAGUUGAACAGUUUGAAAAACGUGUAAAAAAUUCAAGACGAAUUUUAGUUGUAGGAAAUGGUGGCAUUGCAACUGAAAUCGUACAUGAAAUAAAAGGUCUAGAAAAAAUUUGGGUCAUAAGAGACAAUCACAUAUCAGCUCCAUUUAUUGACCCGGGAGCUGCUGCAUUCUUUCAAGAAGAGAUAAACAAAAAGGGCGAAAAUAAUCAAGAAAAGUCAGUAGUGAAGAGGAUGAAGUACACAUUGUCAAAAAUGAAACUAACUGAUGAAAGGGGUGCAGCUUUAGGUCCAGACUGGCAUUUAAAUUUCAACAUAUCAGGAAGCCAGCUGGAGAACUCAAAAGUUACUGUAGAGUACAAUUGUGAAAUAAAGCAAAUUCUUACAGCAGAUGAGUAUCAUUUGAAGUACAAUUCAGAGGAAAGUGAUUGGCCAGUCUUUGCUGAACUGACAAAUGGAAUUAUCUAUGGCUGUGACUUUAUUGUAUCUGCGACUGGUGUGAUCCCAAAUACCUCUUUUGUGAAAGAUUUGAAAGACAUAGACUUUGCUUCUGACGGUGGCUUAAAGGUUGAUUGGAAAAUGGAAACAUCUGUUCCUGAUAUUUUUGCUGCUGGAGACGUUUGUACAGCAUCAUGGCCCCACGCAUUUCACUGGUUUCAGAUGCGACUCUGGACACAGGCUAGGCAAAUGGGAUCUUAUGCUGGAAAAUGUAUGGCAGCAUCAAUAACAAAUGAGGAAAUUAUGCAAGAUUUUUGUUUUGAACUAUUUUCUCAUGUGACAAAAUUCUUUGGCUAUAAAGUGAUUCUGUUGGGUCUUUUCAAUGGUCAGAGACUGAACAGUGAUUAUGAACUUUUGGUAAGAGUAACGAAAGGAAAUGAGUACAUAAAGUUGGUAAUAAAAGAUGGUAAGGUACACGGUGCAGUCUUGAUUGGUGAAACUGACUUGGAAGAGAUGUGUGAAAAUUUAAUACUUAAUCAGCUAGAUGUCAGUGUGUAUGGGGAGGAUCUUCUUAAUCCUGACAUUGACAUAGAAGACUACUUUGAUUAAACAACAGAAUUAUAAGCUUUUGUUAAUUGUAUGCAACAUAGUUGUAUUUUUGCUGGUGUUACUUAUGUCUUUCAAAGCUAUUACUAUUGUGACUUGAUAACUAUGUUACUGAUUCUGUUAAGGAAAUAAAUUUUUGUUUAGGUAUUCAGUAUGUUGGAAUUUAAUGAUAUCUCACCUGUGUUUGAGAGUUGAUGAGGUGAAUUUUUUUUAUAGGAGCCGAUUAAGUUACAUCAGAUGUAAUUUUAUUUCUGUGACAGUGAAAUUUGCUGGUCAUAAAAUUGUGUUUGAAGUUUAGCAUUUUUGCUAGCUCACUUUAAAUUACAAGCAAAUAAAUUAAAAAGUUACUUAGGUCUUUGAUUUGUUUAUUUUUUGACAAUCUGUGUUUGCAUAACAAAAGAAUUUUAUGUAUACACCUGUGCAUUAUCUGAAAUAUGUUUCAUGUUAUAAAUGUGUGUUGUGGUUAAUACUCUUCAUGGUUAUCUGAUGGACAGAACCAUGCUUGUUCUGCUGAUUUCUGUCCAUUUUUUAUGAAACUUUUGUGACAUAUAAUAAUGUAAUGUGCUGGAUCACUGAUUUUUGUAAUUAUAAACCUAAUUAUUUUGUUUC